ACCGAGAAGAGCUUUUUUCAAAAAGUUUUAAAUUAGUAUGUGUUUAAUACUGUUACAAUUUUAAAAAUGCUUGAUGAAUUUUUUUUUUGUGAGGAAAGCAAACAGUGUUGAUUAGUGAAUACAUACAAAAUAUAAAUUAUGAAUAAAUAUAACAUCAUAAAUAUAUGUCCUAAAAUAUGCAACAACCCCAGUGUAUAUGCGGUUUAAGCUUUAUGAACAGGCAUCUACUUUGUAUACCUACCUCGAGAUCAGAGGACCCAGACCGAGAAGAGCGUUUUUCAAAAAGUUUGAAACAAAGCAGUGACUGCUGCGCAAACAUGACCGUGUUUAUUCUGCGCUAACUGCCAGCUCGUUUUAGACACUAGAAGCACUCACAAGAUGGACGCGGAUGAAAACCACAAACUUUCAACGAACAACAAAGCCACCGACUCUCCAAAGGCUCCUACCAUUGAGGAUUUCAUUAUUUUGAAACCAAUCAGUCGCGGUGCUUUUGGCAAAGUCUAUCUUGCUCGGAAGAAAUGCAACGCUCGUUUAUAUGCCAUCAAGACAAUGAAGAUGGCAGAAAUGGUGGACAAAAACAUGAGAGGUCAAAUGAAGGCAGAAAGGGAUGCUCUGGCAUUGAGCAAAAGCCCCUUUGUGGUUCAACUUUUCUACUCCCUUCAGACAGCCUCCAAAAUCUACCUGGUGAUGGAAUACCUCAUAGGAGGAGACGUGAAAUCGCUGCUGCAUAUUUACGGCUAUUUUGACCAGGACAUGGCGGUCAAAUACACGUCAGAGGUUGCGCUUGCGUUAGACUAUUUGCACCGCCAUGGGAUUAUCCACAGGGACUUAAAGCCGGACAACAUGCUUGUUUCCAAUGAGGGUCACAUUAAAUUAACCGACUUCGGGCUUUCCAAAGUCAACCUGGACAGAGAGCUGAAACUUAUGGAUAUCCUUACUACACCUUCCUUUCCAAAACCCAAGAAGGAUUACUUCCGCACGCCGGGUCAAAUCAUCUCCUUGAUCAGCUGCAUUGGCUUUAUGAGUGAAAACACCCCUGUGAUGAAAGCCAAGCGCCGCAGCAUGUCCGCCGCGUUCUCUUCUGCGACCUGUAGUAAAGCGAAAAACCAAAAGAAGAACUCUCUGGGCUCCCCCUUGAUGAGGACAAAAGAGACCACCACAAGCUCCCCGGGUCACUUGCAGUGGACGACAGGGCCGUACAAUCGCGUGUUCAGUCCUCAUCACCUGGCAAAGAAUCUGACGCCCUCGCUGAUGAAGACGAGGAAGCGGUUUGAGACGACAAGCGCAGGCAGUACCAGUGACGCAGACGCAGGAGUCAGCCCUCUGUGGGAGUACGAGGAGAAAGAAAAUGAGCAAAACAAGGAGAACACAAAAAGACAUUCGGAAUCCAAAGAGUCCCCCGUAAAGACAGGAAGGUAUGAGUCCAGCAGCGGUCCGUCAGCAACAAAGCCUGUUCCUCUCGUGCGGAGAGACGGCACUCAGGUUUUGUCAUCCGUCAAGAGAACGUUUUCGGACAUGCAAAUGAGUCCAGAACCGUUGGAAAACCACGCCAAGAGGAGCACUGCGCACUACAAACGAUGCUGUGAGAUUCCGCACGAGAACGUUGGCUCUCACACCAACCUCACUGGGGCUUUUUCUACAGUCGGACUAGCUGAGAUAACUGAUUGCGCCCCCAAGGACUCCAGUCCCAUCGUUGUGGUAAAGCGUCUCCUUCACGAACUGGAAGAGGAGAUGUUGGACGACGCCGCCACUAAAGACCUGUCCGAUUCCAGUUUCACAUCGCUCCUGGCUGUGGAUAGCGCCGUUUGCAGGAGCUUGAGUAUGGAUUCGGAUGUCUCUGUGCUGGAAACGUCCCUGGUUGUUGACAAUGACACCUCGCCCACACACAGAGCGCCACCUGAGGACAUCAAAGUGCCAUCACAACCACAAGAUUCCUCCUCUCAUGUCAGCGGGACAUCGAUUUCUGUCCAUAAAUGGGACUCCAGGUCCCCUCUUCUGAACCUGCCUCCCGACCCAGCUGAUGUCAUGGAGCAGUCCUCUUCGUUCCUCAAGCCGAAAACCGUGGUUGCCUUUCGAAGCUACUGCAGCUCCAUUAACCGCUCCAACACAUCAGGGCUGUCGCGGCUCAGCUUCACCUCCAUGGACAACAUGGAUGUGUCCAUGCAGGUACCAUGUCACUCGGGCACUGUCACGCCGGUCCAGAAGAGGACCAGCUCCCACAGCUCACUCUGUCAGACUCCUCAGGCCACGUCGACCUCCCACACCCCCUUCAGGACGCCAAAAAGCGUGCGAAGGGGGCAGCUGCCCGUCGAGGAGGCGCCCAUUUUAGGCACCCCAGACUACCUGGCUCCGGAACUCCUUUUGGCGAAGCCUCACGGGAUGUCACAGGGCGACUGCAUGGUGGACUGGUGGGCGCUUGGCGUGUGCCUGUUCGAGUUCCUCACAGGCGUGCCGCCCUUCAACGACGAGACGCCUCAACUUGUAUUCCAGAAUAUACUAAAAAGAGACAUCCCGUGGCCCGAUGCAGAUGAGGAACUGUCGGAUGAAGCUAGAAAUACAAUUGAAAAACUGCUGACUAUGGACACAACUAAACGAGCAGGACUCAAAGAACUGAAGUGCCACCCGCUGUUUGAGGGAUGCGACUGGGAGGACUUGCAGAACCAGCCAAUGCCGUUCAUUCCGCAGCCCAAGGAUGAGACGGACACGUCGUAUUUUGAGGCAAGAAACAACGCUCAGCACAUCGCUGUGUCGGGAUUCAGUCUGUAGUUUUAGUCAAUUAUAUCCUCCUUGUUAAAAAAAAAACUUAUGUGCAAUAAUUACAUUUUUAUGCCAUAGUAAAUUAGCUGUGGCAAUUUGCUCUUAUUUUACCGACUUCCUUUUCUCUCCUGUGAUGUGUGUGUAAAUGGGGCACUUUUUGUCUGUAUCGCAUAUUUGUUGCCGCACCGGUGGCGGUUAAAGAACUUUUAAUAUAUUUACCGAUUGUUUAUUUUCUUGGUUCAGCUGCGUGCUUUUCAAAGACGGUUAAUGCUGUUUUUAUGAUCUUCCUGCAACGAUCAGGAAAAAAUGCAGAUAAAAUGUAACAUGUUGUACUUCGUCACCCUGCUCACAACACCCCAAUAAAUAAUAAAGUCAAUUGUGCGUGCUGAAGCAAACCCCACCAGACAUUUUAUGAAACUUUUAUUAGAGGCUUAGAUUAGGACAUGCAUAGAUCGCUCUAUCCACAGGGAGAGGGCCACAGCGCUUUCAGUAAAAACUAUUGUGUACAUUUUAUUACAGCUUAAUUGCUCUUAAACAAAUUAGUGCAGACCUUAUGUAAAUAGAUUUUUUUGUAUUAUAUACAUAUAUCACGCAAUAACAAUAUCGCAUUAAUUUACAGUUUGUACGUCUGUCACUACAUUAUAUUGUCACACAAUUAGACAACAUAGAAAAACAUUGAUGACAAGCAAAUGGUAGAUUUGGUCCAGAACUAGAAUGCAACAAUAUGUGAACAUGAGAGCCAUUAUGUGUGCGAUGGAUGUUGAGGCACUUCUAUGUGGACGAUAUAACCUUAACAAUAAGCUUGCCAGUUGAUCGAGUUGCUAAAAGCAAUAAAUAUGAACUGAGAAUUACAAACAAUAUCACUUAUUACAGUAUGUAAUCAUAUAUUAUCCUCACAUUCUGGUUUUCCUAUCUAGUCAUUAUAACAUUUUAGAAGCUUUGCUUGGUCAACUAAGUGAAAAGUUAAAACCACAUCAAAAAUAUCUGGCCCACUUGUGCAAAGAAGCCCUAGUUUCUAUGGAAACAGCCAUCAUCCACUCUAUGGACCUUUUUCCGCAAAAAAACAUUUUUUAGUACAACAUGCACACACCGGACAUGUUCUCUCAAGCCUUUCUUCCUUUUAGUGCAAAAAUAAAGGAUUACUGGGCUGCAAGUGGAUGUCAA